CCAAUUAAGAUCGAGACGGGGUAGAGUGUGAAUGAAGGUAACACAUACGAUGAAUACGGUACAGCUGCAUUCCAUAGUUGGCAAUCUAUCACUGUAAAGCAUUAAGCACCGGCAGCUAGCGUUAAACACUCUUCCAGCAUCUUCAUGUGACGACAAUCUUUACGUGAUCCAACGUCGUAUUAAUACGUGUAACCUUUUUAUUGGUCAUGCUUUUAUGCUGUUGCAUUCUUAAGUCUUUUCUUUCUCUAUUUCAGUACUACUUAUUGACUCAUCUUUUCAUUAUUCCAAUUCUCCAUCAUUUUCAUCCCUUCCACAGAUCUAAGCUCUAAAUUCUAGAAUAUUCCAUAGCCAUGGGAGAAAAGGAAAAGGUUAAGGUAACCAUAAUGAAACUCAAGGUUGAUCUUCAGUGCGCUAAAUGCUACAAAAAAGUCAAGAAAGUUCUUUGCAAAUUCCCUCAAAUUCGAGACCAGGUGUACGAUGAGAAGAACAACAUCGUGACAAUCACAGUGGUUUGUUGUAGCCCCGAGAAGAUAAGAGACAAGAUUUGUUGCAAAGGUUGUGGUGCCAUCAAAAGCAUAGAAAUUGUCGAACCUCCUCCACCUCCCAAGCCUAAAGAACCAGAAAAGCCCAAGGAACCCGUCAAGCCCAAAGAGCCUGAAAAGCCCAAAGAACCAGAGAAGCCAAAAAACCCUGAAAAACCAAAGGAGCCUGAGAAGCCCAAAGAACCUGAAAAGCCCAAGGAGCCUGAAAAGCCCAAAGAGCCUGAGAAACCCAAAGAAAAGCCUGCACCUCCACCACCUGAGCCGAAGCCUGAACCACCAAAACAACCUGAGAAGCCAAAAGAAAAACCCGCUCCGCCACCGCAGCCUAUGCCGGAACCGGCACCUUAUAUUCCGGUGUGUCCACCACCUAUGGCAGUUCCAAUUGGAGUGUGUUGUACGCCAUGCUAUGAAGGUAGGGGAGGUGGGCCAUGCUUUGAAGGUUACGGUGGGCCACCACCAGCACCAAUAAGUUGUUACGAUGGGUAUUAUGGAAGACCAGUUUAUGAUAGUUAUGGUGGUGGCAGACCUUGUUAUGUGAGUCGUUGUGAUGAAUAUUUAUGUGAAGACAAUGCAACUGCUUGCACAAUUAUGUGAUCUCAUUUGCUAAAUAUGACACUAGUGCCCAACUAGUCAUGCAUGCAACCGUCGUCACUCCUCAACUACUAUUCUUGGUGGUUCUGUCCUUCAUCAUCAAUUAUCUUUGAUUUCAUAAUAAUCAAAAUCAUGGAAUAGUCUUUGUUUUUGUAAGUACAAAUUAAUAACAGUGUCUAGUUAAUUGGAACAACCAAUCUUUAUAUACAUGAGGGAGUAGAUAAAGAAUAAAUGCUAUAUUUCCUUCU